AUGGCCUAUUCCCAGUCGCUCAGCCCAUCCGCCACUUACCGCGACGUCAACAACAUGCAGAGCCAGCCAGUACCGACGUCGUCAGUCCACAGCUCGCCUGUUAUUCAAGCUAUCCAGCAUCCGAGGCAGGCCUCGAAACAGCGCUUCGUCGCCGAGCUCUCCCAAUGCCUCUUCGACUUUGUGAUCCAGUUGCUGCCGACCCAAGAGGAGAUGGCUGUCAAGGAGGACGUCCGCAAACUGCUCGAACGUCUUAUUCGUACAAUCGAACCCGACAGCAGACUGCUUUCCUUUGGCAGCACCGCCAAUGGUUUCAGUCUGAGGAACUCUGAUAUGGAUUUGUGUUGUCUGAUCGAUUCAGACGACAAGCUCUCUGCAGCGGAUUUGGUGACGAUGCUUGGGGAUCUGUUGGAACGGGAAACCAAGUUUCACGUUAAACCGCUCCCUCACGCUCGGAUACCUAUCGUGAAGCUCACGUUGGACCCCUCUCCAGGACUUCCACACGGCAUAGCAUGCGAUAUCGGAUUCGAGAACAGGCUCGCGUUGGAAAAUACCCGCCUCCUCAUGUGCUAUGCUAUGAUAGAUCCAACCAGGGUACGAACAAUGGUUCUCUUUCUCAAAGUGUGGAGCAAGAGACGCAAAAUCAACUCCCCCUACAAAGGAACAUUAUCGUCUUAUGGUUAUGUUUUGCUCGUAAUUUAUUUCCUGGUACACGUCAAGAACCCUCCAGUGUUGCCUAAUCUACAACAGAUGCCUCCAUUACGCCCUAUCACGACAGAGGAAACACAUUUGAAUGGACAUAAUAUUUGGUUUUUCGACGACAUCGAUCUGCUCAGGCAACGUUGGCGGUCGGAGAACACAGAAUCCGUGGCUGAGUUGUAUGUAUCCCAUCCUUUCACCUUUCUGCUUCUCGUUCUCAUUGCUAUUCCUAUGGCCAGAAUGAUCGACUUCUUCCGAUAUUUCGCCCGUGACUUUCAAUACAACAACGGCGUUGCUUCCAUCCGAGCUGGCCUACUCAAAAAAGACGCCAAGGGAUGGCAAAGCGAUCAAUACUCCAGCCGGUAUGACCCCGGACGGGAGCGGAAUAGGCUAUGUAUCGAGGACCCGUUCGAGUUGGACUACAAUGUCGCACGUUGUGUGACGAAGGACGGACUGUAUACAAUCCGCGGUGAAUUUAUGCGGGCUUCGCGGAUACUUGCUGCGCGACCGGAAAGGGCGAUUGUCGCCAUCGCGGAACUCUGUGAAGAGCGCAAAGACGAAGAGUUGGUUCAGGCACCAACCUACAGCUCAUCACGGCCUUCGCCUAUCCCACCUCAAACACCGUACACAGUCGGUUCCAACUCAUUACGGCCGAAAAAUGCCCCCCCUGAGAGGCUUUCGCCUCCCACUCAGUUCUUCGAACCUGCCGUUGAACUAGAGACCAAAGCACCACAUCCUCAGGUACCGAGGCAACCUCCCCCACCUCCUGAGCACAUGGCUCCGAAGAGGUCGAAAUGGACGAGCCCGCCACCGCCCGAUGCGCCAUCCGUUGAUCACACCCUCUUCCAAAGCCAGUUUGACAAGAGUUUGGAGCUUGCAACUGCCCCCACCGAAGCCCGAGAAAAGGAGGCCAGUGGUUCGGAAACUAACAGCGACAUCUUCACAGACGAAGAUCGUUCGGACGCUGCUGAAUCCGAUGAUAUCUCAUCAGACUUGCACGCCGACCAUCCUGGCAUAUGCCUCUUGGCGGACGGUUAG